UCCACUAUUGUCCGAAUUGGAUCAAGAGAUCGCUCUGAUACAUACAUCAUCGCAACUUUUCGCUAACGUCACGUGCGGUGAUUCGUGUCACGGCCUUCGAGGCGACAGUUUGUCGCGUGAAUUUUACGUUCGGUAGCGUUCACGUCGUUCGAAUUCGUCUGUUCGAAGGCGGGAGACGGGUCCCCCGACUCGGAAGGAACCGAGAGCCCACGUGGCCCGUCCAUAUCUGACAGUGGCUGUCCGUCAGUGUACGAGGAUUGACAUUCGUCAGGCGCCGUCGUUCAUUCGCCGAUCAUUCUGCUUCGGAGGACGAUAUCGUCAGCUGUGAACAGGUCGUAGCUACCGACCAGCUGUUGGGAGAUUCAGUUUUGGACGAGUAAACGAGCGAUAGUGAUCCCUACGAUAUCGAAGUUUUUCUGCGAGGUGACAAUCGUCGUGUGAUGCGCCGGAGAUAAACUGAAUGGACGGAAUGGCUCGUUACGGCAGCGAGAGAUCCUUGCAUUCCCUGCACCCCGGUCACUCAACUCAUGCUGCCGCCUCGACGUCUCCCACAACGCCUACGACAACGUGUGCUAUCACCCUGACCAAGGUCGCUGCCGCUACCAGUGCUAUCCACGUGCCAAGUGUCGGAUCACCUGGCAGUCCUAUAGCCGCGACCUCGCCGCCGUCUUCGCUGGACUCCCGUAUACCGAGGCCAUCGCCGUCGGCUCUGCGACGUGCCGCCAGCUUGCGCGUGCGCGGCGAACGGAUACUACCACCACAUCAUCCGCGAGCCACCACCGCCGCGGCCCUGAUCGGCCACCAACAGCAUCACCGUCGUCACAACCACCUCCUGCAAUCGUCGCAGCAGCAUCAGCAUCCGGAUCAUUGUAUCUUCCCGGUCAUCACGGAGAAUGGAACCGACUCGCCGCGACAACGAUCCCUCAGUCUCUCACUGACACCGGUGAGGCCGCGGCCAAGUCACGCGGCCUCUGGAGGAACGACGACAGGAAUUGCCGAUGAUAGCGAUGCCGAGAGUGUGAAGAGUUAUAGUAGCGCUUGCAGCACGGCGAGCGCCUGCGAGCACGCCUCCUUCGCGUUGAAUGGCACCACUUGGUCCGGUCGAUCGCGGAAAUAUGUUGUGCACUGCUCAAAUAACGUCGGCGACAAUGAACAGUAUCUCACGCCUACUCAAAGAGCGGCUAGACAAGUCAGGAAGUUUCAGGCUCUAUUGAAAGAGGCGCGUAAAGAGAUCGAGGAGAAGGACCGAGAGCUCUUGCGAUUGACGAAGGAAGUUGUAGAAUUAAGGCUGUACAAGGCUUCUCUGAACAGUCCGGAUGAGCGAACAGAUAGCAGCGACGCUCUCACUGUACGUGAGAACAAUCCCUUCUCACCAGAAUCACCGAGCAAAGAUCUUCCGGAUGAGAGUAUCGCGGAGAAAUCUGUCACCAGUCCGGAAACGCCGGAGAAGCGUUUACACACAGAUCUUCCCCCGUCAUUGGCUGAUUCCGGUCACUUCGAAGAUGGUUCCGUCCAUUCGAAAGACUCUGUGUGUCUGCCUGAGCCACAGCCGGAGAUUGUUAUCAGUACGCCUAAUGGGGUACCAUCCAGCGAUAUUGUUUCCGAGGCAAUCUCUGUAACUCCUAUAACGAGCAUCGAACGAGACGAGGAGAGACGUCGAUUGGUUAGUCAUUACGAGAAUAGAAUUGAAGAUAUGCAUAGGCGGCACGUUGACGAGUUGCAGGAUGUCAAGCAAAAGCACAAUGACAAGGUGGAGAGUUUGCUCAAUCAAUUAUCUGAGGUCAACACACGUUACUGCGAGGUGCGGCCAGCCGUAGAUAUUGCGGAGGCUCGUGUACGUGAAUUAGAAACUGAAUUGGAGGCUGUGAAGACUGAGCUUAAUGAACAGAAAGCGCUUUUAAGCGAACAAGAGGAAAGAAAUAAGCAAAUGUACCUGAAAAUGUAUGCCAAAGGUCAAGAAGCCGCGCGCAUGGAACAAGCUGAUCAGAUAUUCGUGCAGGCACAUCAAUCACCGCCUAAAGUUACCGUCGCGGAACUCCUUCAACAACUAACCGUUACACAAGCUGAAUUAGAAAAUAUUAAGGACACAAGCUACUCGCCUGAACCUCACAUUUCAGCCGAACAUAGCCAAAGUUUAUUAAGCGCUCAAGAGGCUGUUUCUCUCUGGGUCCUUGGCACACGUAAGAUCGGGCGAUAUUAUCCAGUACACUUGGAAGAAACAGCCUCUUAUAACUUCGGUCAAUGCAAUGUAUCGGCGUAUUGUAGAGGCGAGAAGCAAUCAGGGUACUCUCGAUCCAGAAAUUACUCUGCAAUUCCUAAAGUCGGCGAUCUAUUAUUUUCUAACUGAUAAGGAGAAUCAACACGGUCACUUAAAUGCUAUUGAAAGUAUCUUAGGCUUCACAGACACGGAAAAGCAUAACAUCGACAGGUUUUAUCGAUCAGCGAGGAAGUAAUACUUUUUAAAAAUUCUUCAAUAUUAAAAAAUAAUAUCACUGUUGACGAAAGGUGUUACAUUA